AUGAAGAACUUUGAUAACGACGAUUUUCUAAAAUCUUAUGCUCAAAAGAAAUUUAAUGACUUAAAGAGUAAUUUUAAAGAGUAUACAGAUGAAGAAGAAUUAAUUAAUAAGACUAUUGAAGGCAAAGGCACAUUAGUAGUUCAUUUUUUUAGUGAAGAAUUUGAAAAGUGUAAAAUUUUAAAUAAAAAAUUAGAAGAAGUUGUAAGAGAGUAUGAAAAGAUUGAAUUUGUUAAAAUAAAUGCUAAUAAUUGUCCUAAGAUGUGCAAAUCACUUGAAAUUCAAACUUUACCUUUUCUUUGUGUGUUUAAAGAUGGGUAUUUAAUUAAUUCAUCGGUAGGUUUUGAAAAAUUGGGAAACAAAGAAAAUAUUGAUCAAAAUUCUUUAAAAUUAUUUUUAAAUCAAAUUGUUAAAUAA